AUGGAUGAGGACAACAUGACGAGGAGCGAGGAGCAGGAGCUGAGUCUGCAGAAGGCGCUGCAGCAGUGCGAGCUGGUCCAGAACAUGAUCGACAUCAGCAUCUCCAACCUGGAGGGGCUCCGCACCAAGUGCGCCGCCUCCAACGACCUCACGCAGAAGGAGAUCCGCACCCUGGAGAGCAAACUGGUGAAGUAUUUCAGCCGGCAGCUGUCCUGCAAGAGGAAGGUGGCCCUGCAGGAGCGCAAUGCCAAACUGGAGGGCUUCCCCCAGCUCCUGCACUGGUUCCGCAUCGUCGACAUCCGCAAGGAGGUGAUGGAGGAGAUCGCCCCAGGGCAGCUCAGCCUGGAGGAUCUGCUGGACAUGACCGAUGACCAGGUCUGUGCCACCGUGGAGAAGUUUGGGGCCAACAGCGAGGAGUGCGCCCGGCUGAACGCGUCCCUGUCCUGCCUCCGCAGCGUCCACAAGUCCGGCGGGAGCCUCUCCAAGCAGGACUGGACCAUCCAGUGGCCGAGCACGGAGCCGGGCAAGGAGAACAGCCCGGGCUGCCCCAGCGCGGAGCCGGUGCCCUGGGGCAGGACGCACCCGAGCCCCAAGGUACAACCCAAGUGCGGGCAGCACCACUGCCACGCCGGCUCGUCCCACGGCCCCAUGUACACGCACGUGGACCGCCUGACCGUGGAGGGGCACCCGGGGCUGUGCCCGCCGCUGGAGUCCGGGCACCGCUCGCUGCCGCCGUCCCCGAGGCAGCGACACGCCGCGCACACCCCCCCGCGCACCCCCAACAUCGUCACCACCAUGACCCCGCCGGGGACCCCCCCCGUGCGCCGCAGGAACAAACUGAAGCCCCCCGGGACGCCCCCGCCCUCCUCGCGGAAGCUGAUCCACCUCAUCCCGGGGUUCACGGCGCUGCACCGCAGCAAAUCCCACGAGUUCCAGCUGGGGCACCGCGUGGAUGAGGCGCACACCCCCAAAGUCAAGAAGAAGAACAAGCCCCUGAACCUCAAGAUCCACAACAGCGUGGGGAGCUGUGAGAACAUCCCAGCCCAGCGCUCCCCGCUGCUCUCCGAGCGCUCCCUGCGCUCCUUCUUCGUGGGGUACCCGCCCUUCCUGCCCUCCACCCCGCCCGUCCACACCGAAGCCACCUUCUCUGCAAAUACGCUGUCAGUGCCUCGCUGGUCCCCGCAGAUCCCUCGGCGGGAUUUAGGAAACUCCAUAAAACACAGGUUUUCCACCAAGUACUGGAUGUCUCAGACCUGCACCGUCUGCGGGAAGGGAAUGUUGUUCGGCUUAAAAUGCAAAAACUGCAAGCUCAAGUGCCACAACAAAUGCACCAAAGAGGCCCCCCCGUGUCACCUGCUGAUCAUCCACCGCGGAGGGAGACGAGCCGGUCGGGGCGAGGCAGAUUUGCAUUGCAAACCACUUCCACCCACCCUCCCCCUGCCUCCUUUUCUUUUCAGAUUCCCCACCGCACGGGCGAGGUUAGUCCGGACAGAGUCGGUGCCCUGCGACAUCAACAACCCCCUGAGGAAGCCCCCGCGCUACUCGGACCUGCACGUCAGCCAAACGCUCCCCAAAACCAACAAACUCAACAAGGACCACAUUCCGGUGCCCUACCAGCCAGAUUCCAGCAGCAACCCCUCGUCCACCACGUCGUCCACGCCGUCCUCGCCGGCGCCGCCGCUGCCGCCCAGCGCCACGCCCCCGUCCCCGCUGCACCCCUCCCCGCAGUGCCCGCGCCAGCAGAAGCAGUUCAACCUGCCAGCCUCCCAUUACUACAAGUACAAGCAGCAGUUCAUUUUCCCAGAUGUGGUGCCUGAGACGCCGACCCGAGCCCCACAGGUCGUCCUGCACCCCGUCACCUCCAACCCCAUCCUGGAAGGAAACCCAUUGCUUCAAAUUGAAGUGGAGCCCACCUCGGAGAACGAGGAAGGCGCCGAGGAGGUGCAGGAGUCCGAGGAUGACUUCGAGGAGAUGAACCUGUCGCUGCUCUCCGCGCGCAACUUCCCGCGCAAGGCCAGCCAGACCAGCAUCUUCCUGCAGGAGUGGGACAUCCCCUUCGAGCAGCUGGAGAUCGGCGAGCUCAUCGGCAAGGGCCGCUUCGGGCAGGUGUUCCACGGGCGCUGGCACGGCGAGGUGGCCAUCCGCCUCAUCGACAUCGAGCGCGACAACGAGGACCAGCUCAAGGCCUUCAAGAGGGAGGUCAUGGCCUACCGCCAGACCCGGCACGAGAACGUGGUGCUCUUCAUGGGGGCCUGCAUGAGCCCUCCCCAUCUCGCCAUCAUCACCAGCCUGUGUAAAGGACGGACUCUCUACUCCGUGGUGAGGGACGCCAAAAUUGUCCUCGAUGUCAACAAGACGAGGCAGAUAGCACAAGAAAUUGUGAAGGGAAUGGGAUACCUGCAUGCCAAGGGCAUCCUCCACAAGGACCUCAAGUCCAAGAAUGUCUUCUACGACAAUGGCAAGGUGGUGAUCACCGACUUUGGGCUCUUCAGCAUCUCCGGGGUUCUCCAGGCAGGCAGGAGGGAGAACAAGCUGCGCAUCCAGAACGGCUGGCUGUGCCACCUGGCCCCCGAGAUCAUCCGGCAGCUCUCGCCCGACACCGAGGAGGACAAGCUGCCCUUCUCCAAGCACUCGGAUGUCUUUGCACUGGGCACCAUCUGGUACGAGCUGCACGCCCGGGAAUGGCCCUUCAAGACGCAGCCAGCGGAGGCAAUCAUCUGGCAGGUGGGAAGGGGGAUGAAGCCCAACCUCAGCCAGAUCGGGAUGGGCAAGGAGAUCUCGGACAUCCUGCUGUUCUGCUGGGCCUACGAGCAGGAGGAGAGGCCCACCUUCACCAAGCUCAUGGACAUGCUGGAGAAACUGCCAAAGCGCAACCGCCGCCUUUCCCACCCGGGGCACUUCUGGAAGUCGGCAGAGCUGUGACGGGAGGAGUUAUGGGACGGUGCCUUCCUCCCCCAGCGGGUCUCCUCUUCCUCUCCGCUUCCCACCCCGCGCUACGGAGGAGCAGCGGGGCCGACAGCGAGCCGGGACCGGGAUCUUCCCCCGC